GCGCAUCCAUCAGUCACAUUGCCAAACUCACAAAUUCCUAUCCGUGCUAACGUGCGCCCUGGGCCAAACUUCCCUCCCUCAUGGCGAUUUCUCUGCAAUUCUGUCGUAUCUCCGCACGUGCCGAGCUCUCCUUGCCGGAAACCAGAAUAUUCCGGCAACGAAAGCCGUCCUCCGUCCGAUGCUCCGCCGCAGGAGAAGCUGCUUCUUCGUCGUCGUCUUCGGCCACCACCGAAUCUUCUGAGUUCGACGCGAAGGUUUUCCGUCACAAUUUGACGAGGAGUGAGAAUUACAAUCGCAGGGGUUUUGGCCAUAAAAAGGAAACUCUUGAGCGGAUGAGCCAGGAGUAUACAAGUGACAUUAUCAAGACAUUGAAGGAGAAUGGGUUUGAAUACACAUGGGGAAAUGUUACGGUGAAGCUCGCCGAAUCUUAUGGAUUUUGUUGGGGGGUUGAGCGUGCUGUACAGAUUGCUUAUGAAGCCAGAAAACAGUUCCCCUCCGAGAAGAUUUGGAUCACUAAUGAAAUUAUUCACAACCCCACUGUUAAUCAGAAACUUGAAGAGAUGGAAGUGAAAAAUAUUCCCAUUGACGAUGGGAAAAAACAAUUUGAUGUUGUUGAGAAGGGCGACGUCGUCGUUUUGCCUGCUUUUGGAGCUGCUGUAGACGAGAUGUUGAUAUUGAGUGACAAGAAUGUUCAAAUAGUUGAUACAACUUGCCCCUGGGUAUCGAAGGUUUGGACUUCCGUUGAAAAGCACAAGAAGGGAGAGCAUACUUCGAUUAUCCACGGUAAAUACUCUCAUGAAGAGACUGUGGCUACUGCCUCUUUUGCAGGGAAGUAUAUCAUUGUAAAGAACAUGAAAGAGGCAACAUAUGUAUGUGAUUAUAUCUUGGGCGGUGGACUUGAUGGAUCCAGCUCAACUAAAGAGGCAUUUUUGGAGAUAUUUAAACUUGCCGUGUCUAAGGGGUUCGAUCCAGACCAAGAUCUUAUAAAAGUUGGUAUCGCAAAUCAAACUACUAUGUUGAAGGGAGAAACAGAGGAUAUUGGAAAAUUAGUUGAGAGGACCAUGAUGCAAAAGUACGGGGUCGAAAAUGUUAACAACCACUUCAUGAGUUUCAACACUAUUUGCGAUGCAACUCAAGAAAGGCAAGAUGCGAUGUAUAAACUGGUCGAUGAAAAGAUAGAUCUGAUGCUAGUUGUCGGAGGUUGGAACUCUAGCAACACUUCUCACCUACAAGAAAUUGCAGAGGAGCGUAAUAUUCCAUCUUAUUGGGUCGACAGUGAGAAAAGAAUAGGCCCCGGAAAUAAAAUUAGUUACAAGUUAAUGCACGGUGAGUUGGUGGAGAAAGAGAACUGGCUACCAGAGGGUCCCAUCACAAUCGGCAUAACUUCUGGUGCAUCCACUCCCGAUAAGGUUGUAGAAGAUGUCCUUGUAAAGGUUUUCGACAUAAAACGCGACGAAGCAUUGCAAUUGGCUUAAAUCGCGGUUUUUAGUCAAGUGUUGUAUCGGUCUGCCUUACAUCUAUCUAUGUAAAAUGUAUGUAAUAGUAUUUCAUCAUACCACCCAGAAUACAUACAUACAUAUCUGGAAUGUUGGGUAUAAUUUGUAAGCGAAUUAUUGAUUGAAAAGUGAACCUUCUAUAAAAGGUCUACAUUCUUUCUUUCA